AUGCCGGAGGCCGUUGUCACCGUGCGUAGGGCGCGGAUGGGGUCACGGAGGUGGAGACGGUGGGUCCACCGAGGUGUGUGGACCAUUGUGUGGUGGGUGGGCGCCGUGCUGGUUGGAAAGCUGCAUCAGGAUUCCGUGAAGAUGUAUGUGGCCGUGACCCUGAUGCUGGGCAUAUAUGCGCUGCUGAGCGACACGCCACGAGAACAGACGUUGCGGGCGACGGGCGCGAGCGUUGGCGAUGCCCCAACGCCGCUCAACAAGGCGACGGCCGCUGGACAGGGAAAAGCUGCUGCCGUCGUUGCCGACCCCGCUUUCGUUGCUGCUGUGAACGCUAACGGACCGGCUGUCCGCAAAGGGGCUUCCGCCGUAGAGAAGCAGCGGGCAAUCUUCGCGGCCUUGAAGGCAAUUGGGACGCCGCAGGCGCUUCGCGCCAUUCGGGAUGAGGCGUUUCUUGAAGCCAUUCUGCGCUCUCCGUUGGAUGCGGCGCAGUGCUGCUGCGGCAGUGGGAGGCGCUUCGCACGUUGUUGUCGCCUGCUACAGGAGGAGCUUCGUGGCUGUGGCCUGUAG